CCUAUACCAACCAGCAGAGAGCAGCAUACUAUGAAAAACAAACUAAACGUAGAAGAAGAAAUGCGGAAGUGUGCGGUGUGUAAACAAUCGAGUCAUCGAGCUGUGACAAGAAUGAACCCCUCCACUUGAAGUGUUAACCUGUCACGUUUUUAAAAGUAUGAAGCACGUGUGAAGAAUGGCGCGACGGUAAAUGUAACGGUCCGAGCUGCGGUGUGCGUGCGGCCGCCAUGCCUUAUCUGGGCAGCGAGGACACGGUGAGGGAGCUGAGGAGAGCUCUGUGCAACCCCAACGUCCAGUCCGACCAGCUGCGCUACAGGAGCACCAUCCUCAAAGUGAUCAGGGCGAUGUCACAGGGUGUGGAUGUAUCAGGCCUGUUCAGUGAGAUGGUGAAAGCCUGUGCCACAGUGGACAUAGUCCAGAAGAAGCUGGUCUAUGUCUUCCUGUGUUCCUAUGCCACUUUGAACCCAGAGCUGUCUCUGCUGGUCAUCAACACGCUGAGGAAAGACUGUCAGGACCCAAACCCCAUGGUGCGCAGUCUGGCCUUGAGGAACAUGACCAACCUCAGGUUACCCAGUCUGGUUGAGUAUGUGGAGCAGCCCCUGACAGCAGGACUGAGGGACAGAGCCGCUUGUGUACGACGAGUGGCUGUUCUCGGCUGGGCCAAACUACAUAAUCUCCAACCCAACUCUGAGAUAGAUGCUGCAGUGGUGAACGAGCUGUACGGCCUGCUGAGAGACCCAGACCCGGUGGUGAUGGUGAACUGCCUCCGAGCUCUGGAGGAGAUCCUGAAGGAGGAGGGAGGAGUGGCUAUUAAUAAGCCUAUCACCCAUCACCUCCUCAACAGGUUGAAGGAGUCGGAUGUUUGGGGUCAGUGUGAGGUGCUGAAGAUCCUCCAGCGUUACCGUCCACAGUCAGAGAACGAGCUGUUUGACAUCCUGUCCCUGCUGGAUGCCUCUCUGGUCAGCCCCCACCCCCCUGUCAUGGCAGCUACCCUCAGCCUCUUCCUCUGCCUUUGCUCCAGCCUGCCUGCUGUCAGCCUGGCGGCCCUGGAGCGAGUCCAUGGACCCCUGCUGGUCGCCUGCGGCAGCGUGUCCAGAGAGACGAGGUUCACUGCCCUCUGCCACAUACAGCUGCUGUUGCGCUCUCUCCCUGGCCUCAUGGGGGCGCACUACAAGCGUUUCUUCUGCGGCUACGCUGAGCCAGCCUACAUCAAGCAAAGGAAGAUGCAGGUGCUGGUGGAGCUGGUUAAUGAUGACAAUGUAGCAAUGUUACUGGAUGAGCUGAAAGGAUACUGCACUGAUGUCAACACUGACACUGCCCAGGCUGCAAUCUCAGCUAUAGGUCGUAUUGGACGGAGCUACAGCGACAGAUGUCUGGAGAUUCUUACUGGACUGCUUGGCCUCAAACAGGAGCACAUCACUUCUGCGGUGGUGCAGACGAUGCGUGACCUGGUCUGGGUGUGUCCUCAGUGCAGCGACACUGUGUGUUUGGCUCUAGAGGGCUGCGAGGAGAUGCUGCAGGACAGCCAGGGCAGGCAAGCCUUGCUGUGGUUGUUGGCUGUGUAUGGGGAGCGAGUCUCCAGCGCCCCGUACACAUUGGAGGUGUUCAUUGAUGGAGUGAGGAGCGAGGCCUCUCUGGGAGUCAAGAUGGAGCUGCUGACGACCACUAUGAGGCUGUUUUUGUGCCGGCCUGCUGAGACACAAGACAUGCUCGGAAGACUGCUGCACUACUGCAUAGAGGAGGAGACGGACAUGUGCGUGCGUGACCAGGCACUUUUCUACUACCGCCUGUUGCAUUGUGGGACAGAAGAGACGCGUAAGGUCCUCCAGGGUCGGAGGUCAGAUCCUUCUCUGGGUGUUCUGAUUGGCCGCCCCGCGGAGCCCAUCAGCCAGUGGGCCUACAGCUUUAACACUCUAGAGCCUCUGACGCAGGGCUGCGUAGAGACCGAGCCAGCCAGCAGAGGAAGCCCUGAACAUGUGACCUUUGACCCCAAGCCUAACACUGACCUCUCGGACACACUGAACUGUAGCCAAAUUGAGAAAGUUCAUUCAGGCUCAGACAGUACCAGUGGGUUUACCUACUCCUCUGCUAAUGUCCUGGCUUCCAGCCUCGCAGCGCCCCUCAGUUUGUCCCUCUCCCCUGCUCUCAGCCCAGAGGAGUUUGAGCGUCUGUGGAUGCAGCGACAGGCUUCGCAUGCUGACCAAGGUGCUGAGAAGCUAGAAGAGGAGGAGGAUUAUGUGUGCAUGGAAGAACAAAUCCAAUGCCCUGCCAUACCUCACUGCUCACCACAAAGCCUUCAUGCUGCGAUGCAGCUGGUCAAUAUCCAGACACUGGCCUUCACGCCGCCACACACACUCCCCUGGAGGGUCUACCUGUACACACACACCCAGCACGCACACUCUGGUGAAGCACCCCGCAUCACGCUCAUAGUCGGCGAGCUGCUGUACACUGGAGAGGCAAGUCGGAGGGUAGUAGAAAUAAAGAAAGGCACGGAGGAUGGGGAUGUGGCGGAAGAGGAAGCUGGGCUCAGUGGGAGAGUGUUGGUGAGAAAAGAUGGGGAAGAUGAGGAAGUAAAAGUGACUGUUAAACAGAAACCAAGAGAUGACAAAGCUCUGAAGGGGUUUCUCUCCAUCCUCACCACUGUGCUGCACACACUGUCCCCAGAGAACAAUUAAAUAUGCACGACACACACAUACAAACAUAUUGUACUUGCUGAAAACGCCCGCUGACCACACUCAUUCCCUAACCCUGACUUUAAAAAGCCCCUAAGCAAUGGCAAAAGUUACAAGGCUCAAAUUGGACUUCAGGAAACCACAGGCAGAAAUUGCAUCUAUGAGUGAUGAAAGCAUUUGCAUUUUGUAUAUUUUAAGUUGUAUUAGCUGAAAUAAUUGUGAUGUGAUAGUGGAGUCUUUACAGGUGUAGCAUGAAAUUUAACAAUAUCGCAUUUAAUGAAUCAACUUUAGGCGGUGGCCAUCUCUUCAGUUUGCUGUGUUUUCAGUCAUAAAUUCAGGUUAUGUGAGGCUUUGGCCUGAUGGAGGCACUGUUGAUGACUUGUGCUGAAUCAUUGCACAAUAUCAGAUUCUCUGUUUUCUUGUUUCCUCUUAAGGACUGAGAGAAAAUAUAGUUUGUAUGCCCUGAUGGAAGUAACCACCUUACUCAUAUACAGGAUGCCGAGCUAGACAAGGGCCCUGAUACGGGAGGUUCUUUCUUUUAUUUGUUGUGUGUACACCUGUGAGCUGUGGUCAGAGGCUCCCAGAUGUCUAGACUUAGCCUUAAAUGUAGUUCAUAUCUCACUGAGCUUUGUGUGGGCUGUCAUUAUAACGGAUGGGUAAAGGUAAAGGCAACGCAUGAAGUGACUUAAAAUAAUAAAACAUGUGGAUUCCUCUUG